UUGCGUGCAACAAAAAUCGAAAUAGCUGAAAGCCAAUGAACUGAUGGACGAAAGCAAAUUAUCCCCCAACUACUUGAUCCCCUCGUGGCCUCUCGUACUUACGUGUCCUGCUAACCUGAUCCACGCCGCCGCUCACCUUGCGCCGAUCGAGUACUUAGCUCUUGCCAGCCACGGUCUGGAGUCUGGACAAAUGGAUUCCGGGAGCACGGAGGUCCUCGUUGAUGCCGGCAGCUUCCGACUAUACAACGACGGCCACGUCGAGCGUCUCGACGGUGUCGACCACGUGCCCGCCGGCUUCGACGCCGACACCGGCGUCACCUCCAAAGACGUUGUCAUCGACGCGGUCACCGGCGUCGCCGCCCGCCUCUACCUACCAGACAUCCAGGCGGCAGCUGGUCGAUCCGACGGCACCGCGAUCACCAAGCUCCCGAUCGUUGUUUUCUUCCACGGGGGCUACUUCAUCGUCGGGUCAGCCGGCAGUCCUAGGUACCACCGCUACGUCAACUCCCUAGCCGCCAGGGCCCGUGCCAUCGCCGUCUCCGUCGACUACCGCCUUGCUCCGGAGCACCCGCUGCCGGCAGCCUACGACGACUCCUGGCUGACGCUCAACUGGGCUGCGUCCGGCUCUGCCGACCCGUGGCUGUCGGAACACGGCGAUCUGGGCCGCGUCUUCCUCGCCGGCCUCAGCGCCGGCGGGAACAUAGCCCACAACAUGGCAAUCGACGCGGGCUUGACUGGCCUGCGCGCCCCGGCGCGCAUAGAAGGCGCGAUCCUGCUGCACCCUUCGUUCUGCGGCGAGCAGAGGAUGGAGGCGGAGGCGGAGGAACACUGGGCCAGCGUGAAGAAGAGGUGGGCGGUCAUUUGCCCGGGCGCCAGGGGCGGGCUGGAUGACCCGAGGAUGAACCCGACGGCCGCCGGCGCGCCGAGCCUGGCCGCGCUUGCGUGCGAGAGGAUGUUGGUGACCGCGGCGUCCGAGGACCCGAGGAUGCCGAGGGAUCGGGCGUACUACGAGGCCGUUGUGUCCAGCGGGUGGGGCGGGUCCGUGGAGUGGUUCGUGUCCGAAGGCGAGGGCCACGGCUUCUUCAUCGACGAGCCGGGCGGCAGCGAGGCGGCUGCGCUCAUGGAACGAGUGGUUGGUUUCGUCACUCGCCAUUAAACUGGGCUCUGAACUGAAAUCUCGUGUGCUAUCAGAAGAUGGAAAGUGCAACCUUUUCAUUGUUUACAUAACUGAGCAUUAUAAUUCAGUUAAGCACCAAGGAAAUUCAGUACGCACCCCCAAGGCUACCAAAAAAUUACGGUCUUCUGAAAGCUUUGUGCAACAUCUUCAAUGCAUACACGUGCAUGUCCAUGAAUAUACGACUUCUAUGUAAUCUUGCACGUAUAAAAAUAUGCUAAAUGAUGGUCAAAAUCAGAUUUGAGAUA